AUGGAGUCUUUUGCUGACUUUGAAAAUGCGACCGUUUUAAAUCCAAAAGCGCCAGUCGAUGAGGAAGGCAAACCUUUGGAACGAUGGGCUCCACUUGGGGCCAAUGAUAGUCCUGAUCUUAGCUGGGAAGAUAACCUGUCUGCAUCCGAUAGUGUAUCAACAAAUAAGCUCCAGAGUAUUGUCGAGGAACACGAACUGUUGAAUUCUUCAUUGCUAUCUCUUACCUCCCACUUUGCUCAGGUUCAAUUCCGCCUUGAACAAGUUCUUCAAGCUGAUCCAGAGCAGAAGGAAGCUCUUCUCAGGGAUCUCGAACAAUUUGCGUGGAAAGGUGUGCCAGACUUACACUUACUGCGAUUAAACAAUUCAGUUUGCCAGUCUCAAAACGUGGACAAAGAAUCCCAAGAAGAGUGCCAAAAAAGGCACAUGGCAAUUAUCAUCGAACAACUGAAGGCUCAGCUGCAUGAUUUGGAACAGUUCGCAUACAGGAGUGGUGAAAUUCAGCAACCGCCAACUCUGAAUGUUCUGGAAAAACAGAGACUUGUAUUGGAAGAACUCGGCAACAAACUGGGCCUCAAUGUUUCUGAGAUCCCAUCAAUGACUGAAGAAGAGAUAAAAGAAAAAGUCAAUGCCGGCGUGACUCAGCUUACAAACCCAAUCAAGACCAAGGAAGCUUUAGUUAAUCAACUGAAAACUCAGAUAACGGACCUAGAACGGUUUAUUGAAUUUCUUCAUGACGAAGGUGCACCCGAUUCCGCAAUCGGGAAGGCCCUCGAGGCUUUCAGGCGGUACCAACAGGAACGCCGUUCCAGAACAGCUUCAACAACUCAGCAACUGGAGGGCGAUGAACUUGGAAUCGACGAGGGUGGAUUCCACAUAGGUGUCAGGAGAAACAAAACCGUCAUUCUAGCUGGUGAAUUGAGCCAAUUUUUCUAUUUUUAUUCAUUUUCUUCGCAGAAGACAGUCGGACUGAUUACGCGAGCACUCACACUUCUUCAGGUCUUCGUUACCACGCAACUGGCGAGCCGGCGAGCUGAGGCACAGGUGCGGGCCAUGAAGUAUGCACACACUGCGGCUGCUCGGAAAAAUGAAAGCCAUGUAGAUACAGAGAAGUCUCGUCACUGGGGUGAUGUUCGAGCUCGCCUCGAGAUAGUCAUAGAUGCGGUGCUAGAGAAGGCCCAACGGUUUCACCUUGUUCGACAGCAACAGCACCACAGCCCGCAAUCAUCCACUGCUGUCCCUUCUUCCGAGGAUUCCGACAGUUUUAUAACAGACCUCCACGAUGUGGACUCCGCAAAAGCAGAACGAGAGCUCUACCUGGUCGUAAGCAAACAACUUUGUCCUGCUCUUGGGGCCCUGAUUGAGCACGGCUCGCGUCUGCCGGCAACGAGGGACGUGCAUGUGGGCGAGGGUGCGACCUCAGGGUUGGCGGCCAUCCUCUCCUUUCUAGGAUGCUUCUCUCGAAACCGUCUCCACGGCCCAGGUUACCACGACAAUCUCGUUGAUGAUGAUGAGGAAGGCGAAGACGAUGACAGGUAUUACAUUGAAUCCGAGGAGGAAACUGAGGCUCGCAUCCUUCGUAAAAAACACGCCCAGUGCUCGGCGUGGACCAUCUUCCUCAAAUACUACAUCAUGACGAAUGGCCGAGCGUUCAAUGAUACACCGGCUCGCAAAUUAUCUCAAAGCUUCUCAUUGGACAUUAUUGGGGGCACAAUAAUCACGACGAAGCAGCACCUACUCAGUUCGAUAGGCACAGUUUUACAGGAGUUCAAUAAAUACAAACGAAGUGAGGACGCUCAGUUCAAGGCCUUAGUUUGUAUAGGUCUCAAGUAA